GUUAUCGUUUGUUUGAUCAGUCAAUUAGUUAUUUCCUUUGUCUCUUGUUGACAAUUAAGUUAAUCAACAAAGAUAAUCAACAUUGGAACGAGCAAAAAAACUCUCCAUUUCAAUUGAGCUUUUGUCGUGUCAAGAUGAAACAUCAACUAAUUAAUUUGAUUCUCUUAAUUGUUUAUAUUUCUACAGUUGAAUCGACUCUCUACCCGAAGGAUAGUUUAACUCGAUUUACUCGAACUUUAGAUGGAAUUUGGAACUUCAGAAUCUCACCAAUCGACGACGUGGACAAAGGAUUUCGAGAGAAAUGGUUUGCGUCCUCUCUCUCAAAGACUGGAUCAGUGAUUCCGAUGCCAGUUCCGUCGAGUUACAAUGAUAUUACCCAAGAGAAAACUAUUCGAGAUUUUAUCGGUUGGGCUUGGUACGACACUGAGUUCUUUGUGGAUCCUUCUUGGUUGAACUAUGAUCGUCAGGUCAUUUUGAGAUUCUCAUCCGUCAAUUAUGCGGCCGUUGUUUGGAUUAAUGGUGUUGAGGUGACUCAACAUAUCGGUGGACAUUUACCAUUCGAGACUUUGAUUACUGCCAAUUUAACGGGUAAAAAGGUGAACAGAUUAACGGUCGCUGUCAACAAUACACUCAGUGACCACACUGUCCCACCGGGGAAAGUUGAGUGGAAAAAUAAUACCGAUUAUCCCGAAAAUUUCUACAUUUUCACACCGAGCUUUGAUUUCUUCAACUAUGCCGGAAUCCAUCGAAGUGUCCACCUCUAUUCGGUCCCUUCUACUUUCAUCGAAAAGGCCAAUGUUUUAACUGACCUUUCGUUGGAUGAUUUAACUGGUUCAAUUGAUUAUUCGUUAACACUUCAUCUGGCCGAAGGAGCUUCGGUCGAUGAUUAUAUCGUUCGAGCAUCAGUUCAAGAUGCUGAUGAUACAAUCGUUAAGGUUAACAUUGGUUUGGCUUCGGCUCGAUUGUCAAUUGCCAAUGUUCACCCGUGGUGGCCUUACCUUAUGGAUCCUAAUCCAGCUUAUCUGUAUAAGAUAAUCUUUGAAUUAAUCGACACUAAUAAGAGAUUAGUUGAUCAAUAUGAAUUUAAAGUUGGUUUCAGGAAGAUUCAAAUUAAUGAGAGACAGUUUUUGAUAAACGGGAAACCAUUUUACUUUACUGGAUUUGGUAGACAUGAAGAUAGUAAUAUUCGUGGCCGAGGCUUAGAUCAAGUGUUAAAUGUCAAGGAUUUCAAUUUAAUCCGAUGGAUUGGCGCUAAUUCAUUUAGAACGUCACAUUAUCCUUAUUCGGAAGAGAUUAUGGAUUUAGCUGAUUCAGGUAUUGUUGUGGUCGAUGAAUGUCCGGCGGUUGGUUUGACCUCUUUCGAUGACGUUAAAUUGGGUCUACACAUUCAAUCGUUAACUGAAUUGAUUGCUCGUGACUACCACCGACCAUCAGUUGUUGUUUGGUCAAUCGCUAAUGAGCCGAGUUCAAAUUUACCAGCGGCCGAUGAUUAUUUCAAAAAAGUAGCUGCACAUGUAAAGUCAAUGGAUACUAGUAGACCGAUUUCAGCGGCUAUUUCGAUGCAAUUAACUGGUGAAAAGAUGGCUCAAUAUUUGGACUUUCUCAUGAUUAACCGAUACUUUUCAUGGUACAACGAUUGUGGUGCACUCGAAGUAGUCAAACCUCACUUGAUCAAUGAGUUUAGACGUUGGUAUAAAGCGUACAAACCAAUCCUCGUGAGUGAAUAUGGAGCCGAUACGAUUCCAGGAAUACAUUCAAGUCCAGCUUAUAUGUUUUCAGAAGAUUAUCAAACAGAGAUGCUAAUGGAAUGGUUCGAAGGGUUUGAUCAACUUCGAGCUGACGGUUUUUUCGUAGGAGAAAUGAUAUGGAACUUUGCCGAUUUCAUGACGGCUCAAGGUACAACGAGAAUUUAUGGUAACCGGAAAGGUAUUUUCACGAGAGAACGUCAACCAAAGGCUUCAGCUAAAUUGCUUCGAUGUCGAUACCUGAAUAUCCACAAUGCGACAAUUAACGAUCAUGCUGUUUACUGUCCAAAUACGUUGAGCAAAAUGUCCAACGACUUCGAAGGGCUAAUUCAAGAUAAGAAACUUUUUUCCAUUUAAAAAACAAAUUUUGAUCAAUGAAAAAGUUCAAAUUGUAAACAAUUUUUUUACCAAAAGACACUUUGAUUAACAAAACUCGUAAAUAA